CAUAGGUAAUGACUAUCGAGAAAGCUCCGGCGCUGGAGCCGGAAGCGGAUGGGGUGGGGUGCUUCUGCCUCGAUUCACCGAGGCUCAAGUAUAACACGUUUGGGUUCCCGCGUCAUUCCUUGAAGACUUUUCUACCCAUUGCUCCUCUUUCAACGAUCUCUUCAAAAUAAAUCUACACCGAAAAGCAACUAUCAGCCAAUAUGUCAAACAAAGCAGCUUGGAUCACAGAGCCCAAGGGUAGGCCGCUACAGGUCAAGGAAGCUCCAUUGCCAAAGGCGGGCAAGGGCCAGGUCGUUAUCAAGAAUCACGCCGUAGCUGUCAACCCAGUAGACUGGAAAAUCCAAGAUUACGGUAUCUUCCUGCAGACGUACCCCUACAUCUGCGGUACCGACGUCGCUGGAGAAAUCUACGAAGUUGGUGAGGGUGUUACACAUGUGAAGAAGGGUGAUCGAGUCCUUGGACACGCCUUGUCCCUUGUGACCAACAACGCGGAAAAUGGCGGCUUCCAGCUCUACACAUCCAUCGAUGCGCUCGUCGUCUCCAAGAUUCCCUCAAGCCUGUCAUAUACCUCAGCCGCAGUGCUACCACUCGCGAUUUCCACCGCAGCGACGUGCCUGUUCAAGAAGGAAACGCUCGCCCUCCCAACGCCAACUUCCGCUUCGAAGCCUUCUCCCAGUGGCAAGUCUGUCUUGAUCUGGGGCGGCUCAAGCAGUGUUGGCGCAACAGCAAUUCAAUUGGCCGUCGGCGCAGGAGUCAAGGUCGUCACCGUUGCAGGCAAGCACAAUUUGGAUAACCUGAAAGCCUUGGGGGCCGCAGCGGCAUUCGACUACAAGUCGCCCAAGGUAGCAGACGACAUUAUUACUGCCCUUGAAGGUACAGAGUUCGCUGGUGUCGUAGACGCCAUUGGUACGCCCGAAUCUGCCGCAGCCUGGACGCCCGUCUACAAGAAGCUCGGUGGCCGGUACGGAUCAGUCAUGCCGGGCGCCCAGGGUCUUCCGGAGGGUAUUCAGGGCGCAGAUAUCUUGGGUCCAAGUGUUGCGCUGUCGGAUCGAGAUAUCGGCGAAGCUGUGUGGGCCAAGUGGGUGCCUGCAGCAUUGGAGGCAGGUACGCUGAAGGCGGUGCCAGAGGCUAUCGUCAUCAAGGGUGGCCUUGACUCCGUUCAAAAGGGGUACGAUGAGCAGAAGAAGGGCGUUAGCUUUGGGAAGAUUGUCGUGGAACUAUAGUCAACUUAUCUACAAGUAUAAACGGCAUCUAAAUAAUGAAUAAUAAAUAUCUCCC